CCCUGGAUGCUGUGUAGCUGGUACAGGUCAGGCUCACUCCCACCUCAUCCUUUUACAUGGCCGGGUAAGAGGCGGCUGCCAGCAGAAUCCAGCUAGUCCCUCCCUCCCUUGCCCAGGAGACUCCAAGCAGCCGCAGCAGCUGGGUGCGGGCAUCACUCAUGCCAGCCACCUUCUGCAUCAGCCGGCAGAGGAAGAGCAUGAAUGACGAGUAUACACCUGAUGAAUUGUAAAAGUUUGUGAUUGUGGAGAGGCAUGUCAAAGAACCCUUAACUUUAAAAUCAAGAAAAAAUAUGAAGGAACUGUCUGUCUGACUGAAUUUUUGGGCCACAGCAUCCCACAGAGAAUACAAAAUGGCUUUUUGUAAAAGCGGUGCUGCUAGUAUCCUUGAAGAAUGGUGUUUGAAGGAACCACUGUUUAGUUGUAAGAAGCAUCAGAAUGUCAGAAAAAAAUUGAGACUGAUACGAAUAAUAGGGCUUUUUGUGAGUAUAAUGGCCAUUAGCACUUUCUCUCUUUCAAUUAGUGCCUUUUUCAAGGUGGAUCCAUAUAGCACUGAGAGAGCCAGCAGUCUAGGGAGCCAAAAGUCAAUAUAUGGGAAACAAAGAACUCUGCUGGAUUUCAAGGAGCAGAAUCAAAAUAGCACAAUAGCUUCACCUGUUUCUAUGAAAUAUGAAACUGGGCAUGACAAUGCAACAAAAGAACACUCCAAGGGAGAGUACCCCAAAGACCUUUUUUCUCUUCAGGAAAGAAGAAGGGGUGCGGUUGUCCUCCAUAUCAUUGGAAUGAUUUACAUGUUCAUAGCUUUAGCUAUAGUCUGUGAUGAGUUCUUUGUUCCUUCAUUGACCGUCAUCACUGAAAAGUUGGACAUAUCAGAUGAUGUAGCUGGGGCAACAUUCAUGGCUGCUGGUGGUUCGGCCCCUGAACUCUUCACCUCUUUGAUAGGAGUCUUCAUAGCCCAUAGUAAUGUUGGCAUUGGAACAAUAGUAGGCUCUGCAGUAUUCAACAUCUUGUUUGUCAUUGGAAUGUGUGCUAUAUUUUCUCGAGAGAUCUUGAAUCUUACCUGGUGGCCACUCUUUCGGGAUGUGACUUUUUAUAUCAUUGACUUGCUCUUGCUAAUCACAUUUUUUCUGGAUAAUUCAAUCAAGUGGUGGGAAAGCUUAAUACUGCUAUCAGCUUAUUUUUGCUACGUGACUUUCAUGAAAUUCAAUGUUCAAGUGGAAGAAUGGGUGAAAAAAUUGCUAAGCAGGAAUAAAGUUGAGAAGGUAACAACAGCAGAAUCUGAAGGAAAGUCACCUAAUGCUGGGAACAAGGAUGACCAAACACUGACGACCAAGCCACGGCUUCAGCGAGGUGGGAGCUCUGCAUCUCUCCACAAUAGUUUGAUGAGGAACAGCAUCUUUCAACUUAUGAUUCACACACUUGACCCCCUGGCUGAAGAGCUUGGAUCAUAUGGAAAACUAAAAUAUUAUGACACAAUGACUGAAGAAGGAAAAUUCAGAGAGAGAGCCUCAAUUCUUCAUAAGAUUGCCAAAAAGAAGUGCCAGGUAGAAGACAGUGAAAGACGGAAUGGGGCUGCUAAUCAUGAAAAAAUUGAACUCCCAAAUGCUGCAAAAGUGGAAGUUGCAAUAACACCACCAACUGAUUCAGGACCAGUACAAAAUGGAAAUGUUGCCCACAACGCUGAAGCCGAGGAUUUGGAAGAGGAGGAUGAUGACCAGCCCCUCAGCCUGGCUUGGCCUGAAACUCCACGCAAACAGAUCACAUACCUUAUUUUUUUACCCAUUGUUUUUCCACUGUGGGUUACCUUACCAGAUGUCAGAAAGCCUUCAUCCAGGAAAUUUUUUCCUGUUACAUUUUUUGGAUCGAUCAGUUGGAUAGCAAUAUUUUCUUAUUUAAUGGUUUGGUGGGCGCAUCAGGUUGGAGAGACCAUUGGCAUUAGUGAAGAAAUCAUGGGAUUGACCAUUUUAGCAGCUGGCACCUCUAUCCCUGACUUAAUUACCAGUGUGAUUGUAGCACGGAAGGGUCUUGGGGAUAUGGCAGUAUCCAGCUCUGUUGGCAGCAACAUAUUUGACAUCACAGUGGGACUUCCUUUUCCAUGGCUCAUAUAUGCUAUAAUUAACAAAUUUGCUCCAGUAACUGUUAGCAGCAAUGGCUUGUUCUGUGCUAUUGUCCUCCUCUUCAUCAUGCUGAUUUUUGUCAUUCUUUCCAUUGCUUUCUGCAAGUGGAGGAUGAAUAAAAUCCUAGGUUUGCUCAUGUUCGCACUCUAUUUCGUGUUCCUGAUCGUCAGUGUCCUUCUGGAGGACAAAGUGAUCUUGUGUCCUAUCUCCAUCUAGUGGGAAGCGCUGACUUUCUUGAAUAAAAGAAUAAGAAUGAUGCAAAUGGAGUUUACCCUGACAAUUAGCAAUGGAUCCAUAACCCUUUUUAUAAAGGAAAGGAAUGGGUAACAGAGGCUGAAGAUUUAUUCAUCUGAUGCAUUAGCUACUGCUGAAUGAGAUAUUUACUUUGAAGAUACGAGGCCGGAUGCCAUAAGGCUUUUGUGCUUGUGGGAGGAAGCUCUCAUUGCUCCCUGGUGGAGGUACAGUACACGUAUCAUAACAGUGAAAGCUCUUAUAUAUUCUGCACAUACCAUAUGUUUCCAUGUACCUCUCUUUCUCUAUAUUUAUAUAUACCUAAACACAAAGUGAUAAACUUUUGUAAGAAGAAUGCUAG